AUGAAGUUCGUGGCACUUCAUCUUUCCCUCCUCGUUGCCUGUGCAUAUGGAGCUCUUCCUAAACUUGAAGAGAUAAAAUUAGCUGCAAAAGCAGCUGAAGCCAGAUCUCUGGAAGAACUCAAAGCAUAUCCUGUAGCAAAAAGCGAUGAAAUCCUAGGAUUUGGCUGUGAGGGUUUGAGCUGUGUUGGAAAAGACGUAGGACUUGGCUAUGGAUUCUCCAACGAAGGCCAUAUCGAUGGACUAAGUGAUGUGUCCGGAUUUGAUUUUGGUGAAGGUUAUGGCAUAAGUGGCAGAAGCCAUGGACACGGAUAUGGCCACGGAGGUGGCGGUGGAGGAGGUGGAUACGGCCAUGGUGGAGGUCAUGGUCACGGAGGUGGACAUGGUCACGGACAUGGACAUGGUCAUGGUGGAGGUCAUGGUCAUGGUCAUGGUCACGGUCACGGUCAUGGUCAUGGACAUGGACAUGGGCAUGGGCAUGGACAUGGACACGGUCAUGGACAUGGACACGGACAUGGGCACGGGCAUGGGCAUGGACAUGGACACGGACACGGACAUGGUCAUGGACACGGGCAUGGACAUGGACACGGGCAUGGACAUGGACACGGGCACGGACACGGUCAUGGACAUGGACACGGACACGGACACGGUCAUGGGCACGGGCACGGUCAUGGACAUGGGCACGGCCACGGUCAUGGACACGGCGUUGGUCAUGGUCAUGGUCACGGACAUGGUUAG